AUCCGGUAGUUCUCUGGCUCAACGGUGGACCCGGUUGUUCUUCCCUUUUUGGCGCCUUCACCGAGAACGGCCCCCUUCGGGCGAAUCACAACGGCACCUUCACUCUGAAUCCCUACUCCUGGAACCGCAACGCCAGCCUCCUCUACCUCGAAUCACCCGUCCUGGUCGGCUUUUCCUUUCUAAACCGCACCGGAGUUAAGCCUUCAGUUAACACUGACGAUCGAACAAUGGUGCAAAACUUUGCCGCCCUGCAGUCCUUCUUCAACGCCAAAUUUCCCCACCUCGCCUCGAACCCCUUCUACAUCACCGGCGAGUCAUAUGCUGGCCGCUACAUUCCACAGCUGUCGGUGGAGAUUAUCAGAACGAAUUUACCUUCAAAUUUUAGGGGCGUCGCCAUCGGAAACGGCUACCUCGAUCCUGAGCUAAUCUUCCAGACACAGCAAUUUUACGCAGACACGCAUGGCCUCAGUGCAACGGUGAACCCCUACAACAUUCUCGCCGACUGUGAGGACUCCCUACCGGGGGAGGGCGCCUGCUCGGGAGUGCAUUUCCUCUCCAAGUGGAUGAACCGAGCCGAUGUCCAGCGGGCGAUUCACAUCUACUCGCCCAAUGGGUCGCUUCCGCUUCACUGGGAGUACAUUACCAACCCUGAUUACAUUAUGGGCACCGGGUCAAUGGCGAAGGAGGUGAGGGAGCUGGUGGACGCCCCUCAGAGGCUGAAAGUGAUCAUCUACAAUGGCGAUCUGGAUACGGUUUGUGACUUUAUCGCCGAUCAAAAAUUUGUCGAGCAACUCGGCUAUGUUGAGGACAGUCCGCCUCAUCUGAAGCAGUGUUGGACUUUUGUGGCUGAGGAUGAUGGGAAGCGGAAGAUUUUGCCUGUUGAAGGUAGAAAUGUUUCAAGCAGCAGCUCUUGUGGCUGGAAAUUUUCAUAG